AUGGUGUCGGUCAAAUUUUUCCUAUUAUACGUUGUAUUUGCUACACAAAAUUCAAUGGUGUCGGACGACACCGUUAUUCAAAGUGUGGCUCCGCCACUGACAGGGCAGAUAAUGGUUGCCGUGAAGCGUUUAGAUCGUACAUUUGGUCAAGGAGAUCCAGAAUUUUGGAAGGAGAUCAUGACACUGUCUCUUUACAAACAUGAAAAUAUUCUCUCUCUCGUAGGGUAUUGUGAUGAUAAUGGCGAGAAGAUCCUUGUUUACGAGUAUGCACAUAACGGUAGCCUUGACAUGUAUCUCAAUAGUACUGAGCUAACAUGGAUUCAACGCCUCAAGAUUUGCAUUGGAGCGGCUCGUGGACUUGCAUACCUUCAUAAUUCAGUUGGAACCCAUCAAAGGGUAUUGCACCGCGAUAUCAAAAGUUCCAACAUCCUUCUAGAUGAAAACUAG